GGAAACUCGCGUGCGUGACUGACAGCAUUAGGCGCGAGCGACGGGACAUUUACCUCAGAAAGUUAUCGGUUAAUAAAGGCAUUACCGUGCCAUUAAAGUUUUUGACGAGGUAAUAAGGUGACGUUAAGGACAACAGGUAACGUAACUUAACGGUAAAGACAGCCCAAACAUGACGGCCACACAGAAAAAACGAACUCCAGCCAAACAGGAGUCUGAUGAGUGGAUCAGUUUAUUUCAGGAGCUGGAGACCGAAACUCAGUCACUGGUUUAUGUCAAACGCAUGAUGGUUAUAGCUGUAUCCUCCAUCACCUAUCUGCGUGGAAUAUUUCCAGAGGACUCUUACACUUCAAGAUACCUGGAAGAUUUGUGUAUCAAAGUUCUCAGACAGAAUUGUUCAUGCCCUGGAGCCUGCAAGCUUGUUAAAUGGCUGAUGGGAUGUUUUGAUGCAUUAGAAAAGAGAUAUCUCCAGAUUGUGCUCAUUGGGGUUCACACAGACCCUGAUGACAGCAAUCAUGUUGUUGAGUCCUAUCAGUUUAAGUUCAGAUACACUGAUCAGGGACCACAGAUGGAAAUCCUCAGGAAUGAGAAUGUGGCAGUAAAUGUGACCAUGGAGGACACAAAAAAGGCUUCAUUGCUUCUGAUCAGGAAGCUGUUUCUGCUCAUGCAGAAUCUAGAGGCUUUGCCCAAUGCUGUUUACCUCAGUAUGAAACUCUACUACAAUGAUGAUGUCACACCACCUACAUAUGAGCCACCAGGAUUUAAAGCAGGUGUAUAUGAUAGUCUGUGGUUUGAGGGAACUGCAGUGCACUUCAGAGUGGGCGAUUUGCAGUCUCGCUUCCACACCAUGAAGGUGCGUGUGACAGCAGCACAAAGCCGCCUUGGCAAGCUACAGGACACAAGCCAGCAGAGUGAGAAAGGAGGAGUAAAGGAGACAAACACUCUCAAAGCAGCAGGAAAGGUGACCAACGACUUUGAUAUUCAGGAUCUGCCAUCUGAGGAUGAGUCUGCUGCACAGUUCAAGAUAUCCAAAAGAACCAUUGCCAAGAGGAAACGCACGGGGAGCAAACUUUCAAAGACAAAACGAAGAAAUCCUGUUAAGACAUAUAAUACGUUGAUGUCAGACAAAUAACUUAUGAAUUCA